GACGAUAAUCCGAUGCUGCUGCAGUAGGUCAGCGGCCCCGCUCACUUCCGGCUUCCUCCUUCUUCUUCUCCGUCGUUGAGCAGAGUCCUGCUGCCUCCUGAGGGGAGGAGCACAAGUCUGCAGUUACAGAAUGUAGCCACAGGAGGCAGCGACAGAUUGAAACAACUGCUGCACAGCGAAGAAGAGGAAGAAGUAGAAGAAGAGGAAGAAGAAGAAGAAGAAGAAGAAGAAGAAGAAGAACAACAACAACAACCACCAGGUGAGUCACUCAGCAGGCCGCGUCCUCUGUGAUGUCACAGUGAUGUCAGCGGUGAAGCAGCGGUACCGUGACAUCAGCCCUGUGACGCUGCAGGUGGCGGGCGGAGCUGUGAGCUCCAGCCUGUACUGCGGGGAGGUGGAGGGUCUGCUGGGCGGGCUGGUCGAGUCCUUCCUGGUGGAGCUGUAUCGCUGUAAACUCUGUCAGUUCACCUGCAGCCUCAAGGCCUCCAUCAGCAGCCACCUGCUGCUCAGGCACCGUCCACCCACGCUCACCUACCUGGAGGGGGCUGAUGGAGGGGGCGGGGCUGAGGACAGACAGGAGGCGGGGCUCCACCGGGAGGCAUCGCCCUAUCAGCUGGAUCUGAACGAAGACUCGAAGCAGAGUGAUGAAGACUUCCUGCUCUACAACAUGCUCGACAACAUGAGCCCACCCACAUGUGACAUCAGCAGUGAGGGGGGGCUGCAGGUCGCACACACCUGUGAGGUGAGCACUCUGUUUGAGGAGGACUCGUCCAUCUUCCCUUUAAAGGGAGCUUCAGUGGAUCUGUCCUGUCCCAUCGACCCCCCCGCCACGCAGGAGGAGAUGGCACAGUCCGCUCACCUCAUGACUCUGGGACUGUGCCGCAUCUCAUCCGCCAAACCUCCUCCACCUACUGCUCCUCCCUGUGCCUUGCGACUUGUGCAGCCUCCCCCUGACAAAUCCCCCCACCUGUCACGACACGGCGGCCUGAGGCAGAGUAAGACGGGCGGCCAGGUGACGAGGACGUCACCCUGCAGCAAACUGAGGCUUCCGUGUCUGCUCUGUCCCCUGACGCUGCCGUCCAGGCGGCUGCUGGAUGUCCACGUCCAGUCUCACCGGGCCGGCAGUGGGUUCAUGUGCGUCUGCUGCAGCUGGACGGCCGACAGCUGGGAGGAGCUGGAGCCUCACUGGAGGAGUCACUGCAGGAGAAGGAGGAGGAGGGAGGAGCACAAACAGGAGAAGGAGAAGAAGAAGAAGAAGAAGAAGAAGAAGAAGGUGUCAGUGGCGAAGCCGUUCACCUGUCCACUCUGUCCGAGGACGUUCAGGAGCAUCGCCUCACGAAACGUUCACCAACAAACACAUGACGGGUGUGACAGGCGUCGCCGCAGCAGCCGGUCAGACACCUGGAGGGGCCAGCUGAUUGGACAAACAGGAGGGAAGGAGGCAGACUGCACAGACAGUCAGACCAGCAGGUGUCAGCCUGGUUCACUGACGAGUGUCGCAGAGAAGAAGAAGAGAAGCAGAAGGACGAAAACAGACGAAGAGAAGGAGGACACAGAAACAGGCUACUGUUGCUCUCUGUGCCACAGGAAGUUCUCCACCAAGCUGACUCUGAGGCGUCACCUGGGCGUCCAUGGAGGAGACAAACCUUUCACCUGUCCUCACUGUCCCUACAGCAGCAGACUGAAGGCCUCACUGCUGCAGCACCUGAGGACACACACAGGUGAGAAGCCGCACAGGUGUGCUGAGUGUCCGUACGCUUCGAUAGAUCGCAGCUCUCUGAUCAGACACAGCCGAACACACAGUCAGGAGAAACCCUACAGGUGUCAGCACUGUGACUACAGCAGCAUCCAGAAGAAGAGUUUGGACCUCCACGCUCGCCGUCAUCACACUGGUGAGGCGUUUCCAUGCCAACAGUGUGAGUACUCGAGUCCGGACCGUCAGCUGCUGCUGAGACACGUCCGCAGACACCACGACUUCUCCCAGCAUGCCACACUGUGACCUCACUUCUGAUUGGAGUUUGAUGAUGUCACCUAAUGUACUGCUGAUGUCAGUUUUUUUAUUUUUUCUGCUAGACAGAUUUUUUAAUAAAAGUUGAAACAAACCA